UAAAGCCCUCGCCUCUCCCUACUGCUGAAACCCGGACGCCGCCGGUGUCCGCCAUCUCCCUCGGAGCCAAUGGCCCGUCUGGAGACCCUCAUUUCCCACGCUCGCCGCCAUUGUGUCCGACCUUCCCGCCUCCCCCAUCUCCUCUUCGCCUCUUUCUCCCCACUUCCAGGAUUCUUGAGGUCGCUCUUUUCCUCCUCUCCCAUCAAACCGGUCUCUUACCCCGUCAAGCCCGAGGAUCCCUCGCCUUCCGAGGAGGAGGGGGUGGACCUCAAGAUUCCUCCUCGCACGCACCCGCCGCAAAGAAGGCAGCGGGAGGCGCUGCGGGCCGACUCCCGGCCUCAAGUAUCCGGCCUGGAACCGCUGGCGGAUGCGGGAUCACGUCCCUGGACUUGAGCGGACGUCCGCUUCGUGAAGGAUAUUCCGUUGAUAUCGCCGGUCUCUUAUCCGUCGUGGGUGGUGCCUCUCCCUGAAGACCGGACAUCAGCUCCGGUGGAAGAGGUAGCGGAGGAGGACAAGAAAGGGGAAGAUGAGCAACUGCAAAGAGAGGCGAGGAGGAUCGAAUCGGAUGCCCGGGUGCAGAGCUUCUUCCGCAUUCAAGAAGAGGAGAAGAUUCCGUUCCCGACGCUCAUCAAGCCUGAGAAGAGGCCGCAGAAGGUUCCCAUGGAGCUGAUGGAGGCUAUCUGAGAAGCCAAUGCAAAGUGCAAUUUUGUUGAAAUGGUUGAAGCUUAUGUUAAUUUGGGUGUCGAUCCACGUCAUCGUGACCAGAUGGUGCGUGGUGCUUUGACACUGCCUCAUGGCACCGGAAAGACUGUUAGAGGAGCUAUAUUUGCUGAAGGGCCUGCUGCAGAUGAAGCCAGAGUUACAGGAGCUGACAUAGUUGGUGGCGAUGAACUUAUAGAGGAAAUUAAAAAUGAGAGGGGGCAAACUUAACUUCGACAAGUGCAUUGCAACUCCUAUGUUUAUGCCCUGUCUUUCCAAGAUUGCUAGGAUCCUUGGUCCACGUGGGUUGAUGCCAAACCCCAAAUAUCUACCUGAGCUGAGAUCAGGUCUGCAUCACCAUGGUUGUUUAGAAGUGAACUUUUCUGAGGAGUCUCUACGUGAAAAUAUUGGAGCUUUUGUACAUGCUGUUUUGCUCGUAAAGCCUGUGGGCCGGAAAAGAAAUGGGACCUGGAUUUCCUGUUUCAAUAUGGUCAUUUUCUGUGGCUGCAGAUCAUUUUAAACAAGGUGUUCGAUGGCAAGGUGACCUCCUGCAAGCCCGGUCAUCCUUGUUUCUUUAAAUCAAAGGUUCGGUGGAAGUACCUUGCGGUGGAAUUUGCGCCAGCUGCAGGUAACCAAUAGAGCUUUUCCCUCAGCCGCUUCCGCUACAGGUUGAGUCCUUUUUGUUUGUUUCUUAAUAACUCUAUGUUCUCUCCUGGAAACAUUGUUUAAACUCCCAAAAGUUCCGUCCAGCCCGAUCAACAUAGCCCUGUCACGCUGCUGCCAGCAAUGCUAACUACUGCACUAACCCAGCUCACAUUUCAGGGACCCCUUCCCUUUGUUCCCAUUAGUAUAAUACCUGAUAUUGUCCUGGCUUAGGGCAUUCUAAUAUUCUACUCCUCUCCCCCUCACCUUAUACCUCAUGGUCGGAGAGCAAUGAAAGGAGACUACAAGAGAAGAAGGCCUUGCUCUCUUGGUGAUUGCAGUCCGUGCCAUCCUGUCUGUCAUCUCCCUUCUUGUAGCCUUCAGCUAUUGUGCUGCCCGAUGGGUGCACGAUUGCCGUCAUGCUCAUAGACCGCCUCACAAAGCAAGGGGAGUUCAAGAUGGAGGUCUCUUAUUGUUAUCCCCUUCAUUCAUUAUAUAUCAUUUCUAUAUAUCUUAUUCACUGAAUUAGUUGAAUAAAGUUUGGAUUUUGGAUGUUGAUGGAGUUGCUGAUGCUGCUACGCUCGCCGUAUCUGCUGGGGUUGAUUGGGCACUGCUCGGAUGAUGGCCACAGACUUUUGGUGUAUUGAGUGCAUGGCUAAUGGUGGGCGUCAGGAACAUCUGCAACCCGUUGGAGUGACGGAACUUUUGGAAUUAAUUUGGGGACGAGAGGCUUUGUCUUGCUCAGAGCAGAUUCGGCAGAGCAGUGGAGUGCGGAAUGCUGAGGCAUAUUGAUGUGCAUGAGUCUGCAAUAGGUGGCGUUUAGUUCAGACACCCAUUGGAGGACAGUGCAGGCAAAAUCAUAUAUCAGUUAGUGCAUUGGGCAGCUAGUCUUAGAGACAUCUAAUUGUGGAUGGAAUUGCCCUUUGGUUAAUGAGAAAUUAUUGGUUAGAACUGUUCCAUUUUGGAUCAUCUAAUAAAAAGUCAUCAAAUAAUCUAUUGUUGGAAAAAUAUAUGUUGUUAUUUAAACUUGAUUGAAAAUUUUGAAUUAAAAAAAAUAUUAUUAACUAUCAUCUGUUGGAUGAUAUGAUGGCUUCUUAUUAGAUGGUCCAAGGUAUACGUCGUGGAAUGGUUCUAGUCAAUAAUUUUUUCUUGAUUGGCAGUGUAGGCUUUUAUAAAAUAGUCAACUACUCUUAGAGGCAAUUCCAUUAGUAUGUUUACGGUUAGGAGACAAAUGAAUCCAGUCUUAGCUUGAAGUCUGAAUAUGGAUUAUACAUAUAAUGGGAAAAAUAGGUACAAGGGCACUUCCAUCUUUUAUGGAAACUAGUGUGUAACUUGCACUAUG